AUCUGUGCUAGGUGGGCUGCAUUCUGCUUCUCUGUUAUCCUUGUGGAUGUAGAAUUGCUCUCCAGCUCUCCUGCAGCAGUGAAGUGGUUAAGCAAGAGAAAGUUCACCAAUCAUGCAUUAUCUGCUGACAGUGGAGCAAAGGCCCUGUGUCUUGUGAGCCACCAGGGGGGUUUUAGGUUGUCCAGCUUGCUUCUUGCAGGUGCCUUGAAGUUUCUUGGCAGAACAUGAAGUUUGAAGGCUGCAGAUGAGCAGCCGGUGGCUUGGUUGAGGACAGCAGCUGGUGCCGGAAGAAAGCACUGAAGAAUUCUUGCCAAGUUGGCACCCUGGACCAUUUUAUCAAUACCGCAUGCAAUUGACUGGCCGGACUGCCUUGCUGUGAGAACGGAGAAGAGUUUGCGCUAAACGGUCUCCAAAUAAAAUGCUUGCUUGUGUGCACAAUGCACACUAGUCCUGGAAGGGCUGCUGUUUGCCUGAAGAGCCCCCUGAUGUCCUGUGUGUGGAUGCCUCGUUUGUCUAUCGGCUCAGGACCGGAUAACUUGCACCCUACCGUUUUAAAAGAACUGGCUGAGGAGCUCUCUGCACCAUUGAGGUUGAUUUUUAAUAAAUCUUGGAAUACUGAGGAUGUUCCAGAGGACUGGACAAAAGCUGAAGCCAGUAUGUCAGUGUAUAAAAAGAGUAAACGGAAUUCACUGGUUGAAGUAAAAAUUGAAGUUGUGCUGCCAGAGAAAGAGAGAACCAAAGAGGAGAUGUCGCCCAAUGGGAAAGCCAGCCCUAUCAUCUACAAAGCCAAUGGGACUUCACGGCAUUACCAGCUGGAAGAGCACCCUAUUGCCAUGAACCCAUACCGGAACCUGAAGGAUGUUGUUGAAGCCUCAGUUUGCCAUGUAAAGGACCUUGACAAUGGGCAGAUGCGAGAAGUGGAUUUGGGCUGUGGGAAGGCCUUGCUGGUCAAAGAAAAUGGGGAAUUUUAUGCCUUGGGCCAUAAAUGUCCUCACUACGGUGCCCCGUUGGUGAAAGGGGUUUUGUCCAAAGGGCGAGUUCGUUGCCCCUGGCAUGGGGCUUGCUUUAACAUUGGCACAGGAGAUAUAGAAGACUUUCCGGGCCUGGACAGUUUGCCAAAGUUUCAGGUGAAAAUUGAGAAGGAGAAGGUAUACAUUCGAGCAAGUAAACAGGCUCUUCAGACACAAAGGCGAACCAAAGUGAUGGCCAAGUGCAUUUCCCUGAGCAACUACAACAUUAGCAGCACAAAUGUCCUCAUCAUUGGAGCAGGUCCUGCUGGAUUGGUAUGUGCUGAAACAUUACGGCAAGAAGGUUUCUCAGACAGGAUUGUAAUGUGCACAAUGGACAGACACUUGCCCUAUGACAGGCCCAAAUUAAGUAAGUCAAUGGAUUGCCACCCAGAUCAGAUUGCUUUGAGACCUAAAGAAUUCUUCCGUAUGUAUGACAUUGAGGUCCUGACAGAAAUGCAGGUUGUGGCUGUAGAUAUCAAGAACAAGACUGCAGUCUUCAAGGAUGGAUUUAAGAUGGAGUAUAACAAACUGUUGCUGGCCACCGGAAGCACGCCCAAGACCCUUAGCUGUAAAGGCAAAGAAGUGGAAAAUGUUUUUAAUAUCUGUACUGUGGAAGAUGCCAACCGAGUGGUCAAAUUGGCAACUAGCAAAAAUGCAGUCGUUGUGGGUGCAUCUUUCCUAGGGAUGGAAGUUGCGGCUUAUCUGACUGAGAAGGCCCAUUCUGUCUCAGUGGUAGAGCUAGAGGAAAUCCCUUUCAAGAAGUUCUUUGGGGAGAAGGUUGGGCGAGCCAUCAUGAAAAUGUUUGAAAACAACCGGGUGAAAUUCUACAUGCAGACUGAAGUAUCAGAAUUGAGGGAUCAGGAUGGCAAGCUAAAGGAAGUUGUGCUGAAGAGCGGCAAGAUUCUCCGUGCUGAUGUCUGUGUCAUAGGCAUUGGUGCAACUCCUGCAACAGGCUUCCUGAAGCAGAGUGGCAUUAACAUGGAUUCCAAAGGCUUCAUUGUUGUGAAUAAGAUGAUGCAGACUAACUUUCCAGGCGUUUUUGCAGCUGGUGAUGCCGUUGCAUUUCCACUGGCCUUGAGGAAUAACAAGAAGGUGAACAUCCCUCAUUGGCAGAUGGCUCAUAUGCAGGGACGCAUAGCGGCUCUAAACAUGUUAGCCCACGGGACAGAAAUCAGCACUGUCCCAUAUCUGUGGACAGCAAUGUUUGGCAAAAGCAUCCGCUACACAGGCCAUGGAGAAGGGUUUGAUGAUGUGAUUAUUCAAGGAGACUUAGAUGAACUGAAAUUUGUGGCGUUUUACACAAAGCGAGCCCCCAAGAGAUGGUCAUUAUACAAUAAAGUGACCCCCUGCGUAGAGUCCUGGAGGAAUGAUGAGGUGGUCGCUGUGGCAAGUAUGAAUUAUGAUCCAAUUGUCUCCAAGGUUGCUGAUGUCAUGGGAGUCGGAAGAGCUAUCAGAAAAAGAGAUGUAGAAACUGGAGACAUGUCUUGGCUAACAGGGAAAGGCUCAUAAUGACCCUGGGAAAUGCUGGUUCUCUAGAGACACCACAGUAGCCAGCGGAGAGCUGCAUGCCAUGCACACCCCCAUGACUUCGACGAAUCUGGUAUCUUCCUAUGAACCCAUCACUGGGCUGACCUCCUUCUACAUCCCCUUCCAAAGGCCCACUCUUGGGAAUGUACUUGACCAGAUGAACCUGCACUUUAGUAGCCAUAGAGUGGCUUUAAAAAGUCCUGCAAGCCAACCAGAAGGAAAAGUGGUCCCUCCGCGGAACUAACACUGUCCGAUGUGUCCUUUGGAAAGCACUCCAUAAAUUCAUCAGAGCAGUGUGGAAGAGGUGAAAAUAUGGGUGGUUUGCAUAUUUCUGAGAAAACUGUAGCAUACAGAUGCCAGAAAGGAGAACCCUGGGCAGAGGAAGAUCUCCAUGGAUUACUCCCUGGCUAGCUACCUUCCACUAGCCAUCCACAAUCCCAUCAUUCCUUCUUCAGCUCCAUUCCUUUUGUGGUUCCAUCUCCCAGUACUUGCAUGCUUUUCCUGCAGUCAGGGCAAUCAACCAAGAAGUUGCUUCAGUUCCGCCAGGAGAGAGGAGGUGAGGCAUCCAGCUUGAUUUCAUUAGCAAAUGGGCUUUUCCUGCAGCAGCUUAGACUGUUACAGCAUGAGAACUACAGUCACUUAUUUGGCAAAUGUGCUGCACCUCAUGCUUUCUCCUCCUGGCCCUCUUGCCUCCCUACUUGUCUUAUAUCUGGGGCUAUAUACAUGCUGCAGUGUUGCACGAGGAGCAUGAAAUAUGGACACAGGAUCCAGCUUUUUAAAUUUCUCUCUCCUUUUUUAAAAGAUGAACUCAUUUUUAGUUUCAUAGCUAUCAGAUGUGCUUAAUGUGUGGGCAUUGCAUUUUAGAAUCUCUGGUUUUGGGUGGGGAGGCUGAAUAACGUGUUGGUUCAUUGGCAGCGGGAAUAGUUUCCUUGUCAUCCGAACCCCCUCAGAAAUUAGGCAAACAGUGAGAAAUAAGCUUAACUUUUGCAUACACUCCUAUGUGUCAUAGAAUUCAGUUUGCAGUGGGGGUUCUUCCCUCCAGCCUAUGCAGCCCUGCCUGUCAAGCAGCACGGCUUCUACAUCCUAUGCCUCUCCAAAUAAUAGUCCUCCUUGUUCCCAACCAUCCUUACCCUGGGCCGUCAGCACCAUUUGUGAAAUCCAACAGACCCUUUUUCCAGACCACCUUGGGAGACUCAACAUGAUCCUCAUGGUUUGCAUUUGGCACUAUCCAUGGCAUAAAGGUGAAUUUUGUGCAUGGUUGGGGUAUCUGAGUGUUUUCUUUUCCAAGGCACAGCUCUGGGAGAAGCAGCUGCUGAGCUUUCUCCAUCUCCACAUACAGGAUUAGUCCAUCUCAGUGCUGUGAAUCUUCUGGGUGCUGACUUAACAGAGCUUUCACCAUUUACCUUGCCCAGCUGUACGACAUGAACACACGUUUCAGAAGGCAGAAACCUGACAACUGCACCACUCCAUCUUCAUGCCACUGAAUUCCUGCUUUUUAUAUAACUGUGAGAGGUGCAAAGAAAUAAAGACAGUAUUUGCCCCACCUGCAUCUCCUCUGUCCACACAAUUUUCUCAUGCCCCUUGCUUUAUUCAGCUCCUGCAAGAUUAGCUGUCUCACAAUGUGCGCUCUUUUUCUAAAUUGAUAAUAAACUAAUGUAUGAAACCACA